AGCUUCGGUACAAACGGUGAGUCCCGUCGGCCAUGUUGACGGCGCGCGCCUCUCCCUCCGGUAGAGCGUCGCUGCAGCGCGCGGCCGCCCGGUGCUUCAUUUGAGGGGGCGGGGGUCGAAGCCGGUGAACGGGAUUUAUUCGGUGACGUUCAAGCCGCCUGCACGUGAGGACUGGCCUUGAAGUCGAUCACCGUGUGGACAGUUGAAGCCUCUGAGCCUCGGUUUAAAGUGUUAAAAGCUCUCAUUAAACACUUUGCGUGCAGAUCGUCCAGCCAGAUGUCGGCAGAAGCACAACGAAGACAACGGAUGCUAACGUGCUAAGCUACGUGUUAGCUGACCUCGGUGCGUUUGUCACGCAGAGAGGCGGGAAGAUCGGAGGACCACUUCCUUUUGUUUUCUCAGCAGCAGGACGGCGGAGAGAGGAGGACGAUGCCCAAACCGGUCAAUGUGCGCGUCACCACCAUGGACGCUGAGCUGGAGUUUGCCAUCCAGCCCAACACGACAGGCAAACAGCUCUUUGACCAGGUGGUGAAGACGGUGGGUCUGAGGGAGGUGUGGUUCUUCGGCCUGCAGUACACAGACAGCAAAGGCUACGUCACCUGGCUCAAGCUCAACAAGAAGGUGACCCAGCAGGACGUGAAGAAGGAGAACCCUCUGCAGUUCAAGUUCAGAGCGAAGUUCUUCCCUGAGGAUGUGUCUGAGGAGCUCAUCCAGGAGAUCACUCAGAAGCUCUUCUUCUUGCAGGUGAAGGAGGCCAUACUGAACGAUGAGAACUACUGCCCCCCCGAGACGGCCGUGCUGGUGGCCUCCUACGCCGUCCAGGCCAAGUACGGAGACCACAGCAAAGACCUCCACAAGGCGGGCUACAUGGCCUCGGACCGGCUGCUACCACAACGGGUUCUGGAGCAACACAAGCUGACAAAGGAGCAGUGGGAGGACAGAAUCCAGACGUGGCACCAGGAGCACAGGAGCAUGCUAAGAGAGGAUGCGAUGAUGGAGUACCUGAAGAUAGCUCAGGACCUGGAGAUGUACGGCGUUAACUACUUUGAAAUCAAGAACAAGAAGGGCACGGAGCUGUGGCUCGGGGUCGACGCCCUGGGGCUCAACAUCUACGAGCACGAAGACAAGCUGACUCCAAAGAUCGGCUUCCCCUGGAGCGAGAUCAGAAACAUCUCCUUCAACGACAAGAAGUUCGUCAUCAAGCCCAUCGACAAGAAAGCUCCGGACUUUUUGUUCUACGCCCCCCGGCUGCGGAUCAACAAGCGCAUCCUGGCGCUGUGCAUGGGGAACCACGAGCUGUACAUGAGGAGGAGGAAGCCCGACACCAUCGAGGUGCAGCAGAUGAAGGCCCAGGCCCGGGAGGAGAAGCAGCACAAGCAGAUGGAGAGGGCGCAGCUGGCCAACGAGAAGAAGAAGCGCGAGCUGGCGGAGAGGGAGAAGGAGCGCAUGCAGCGCGAGAAGGACGAGCUGAUGGAGCGGCUGAGGCAGAUCGAGAUGCAGACGCAGAGGGCCCAGAGGGAGCUGGAGGAGCAGACCCGCAGGGCGCUGGAGCUGGAGCAGGAGAGGAGGCGGGCCAAGGAGGAGGCGGAGCGCCUGGAGGGAGAGCGGCAGGAGGCGGAGGAGGCCAAAGCGGCGCUCGCACAGCAAGCCGCCGACCAGAUGAAGAACCAGGAGCAACUGGCUGCUGAGUUGGCCGAGUUCACGGCCAAGAUUGCUCUGCUGGAGGAAGCCAAGAGGAAAAAAGAAGACGAAGCAACAGAGUGGCAACACAAAGCUCUGUCAGCGCAAGGCGACCUGCAGAAGACGCGGGAGGAGCUGAAGACGGCCAUGACGUCUCCUCCGGCGCCCGAGAAGCCGCAGGAGGAAGAGGAGGCGAACGUCAGCGGCCACCGCGGCGAGGAGGAGUCCGUCACGGAGACGCACAAGAACGAGCGCGUGAAGAAGCAGCUGCAGGAGCUGAGCUCGGAGUUGGCCGAGGCUCGGGACGACACCAAGAAGACGCAGAACGACGUGCUGCACGCCGAGAACGUCCGGGCCGGAAGAGACAAGUACAAAACCUUGCGGCAGAUCCGCCAGGGCAACACCAAGCAGCGCAUCGACGAGUUCGAGUCCAUGUGACCCGUCUGGUCUGGUCGCCAUGUCAACGCCUCACCCCACGCCGCGGGUGAUUCGCUGAGACGGACAGCCUGAGGGGCUUCGUGGCUUCGGCCUCGCCAAAGUUCUGCCUGGCAGCGGAUUGGCCGAUCGCUACCUGCUUUUAGAGCUCCGCCCUGUUAAAACUAAGCAACUAAGCACGCGUUCCGCUAGUCUAAAAGGGCUAAAUGACAAGCUCCCAUCAUCAACCCAGACCCCCCCCCCUUCAAAAGCAUAAAAAAACAGGUUUUAAUGCUCGCAUAUAUACGAUAAUAAACAAAAAGAUGCUGAGUCAGCGGAAUGAAACGGCCGUUUGUAGCUGAUUGAUGUUGUCGGCACGCUUUAAACUCUGUAUCUCACAUCUACGUUCCAUGUUGUCAGUUGAACAAUUCAGGAAAGGCCUUAUUUGUCUCAUUUCCUCCUCUGGUGGUACUUCUUCUUACACCUGUCAGUUCUGUAGGCUGAUGCUGUCAGUGCAGACGUAGCCAUCGCCGCAACAAAUGUGCUCGGAAUUUGCAUUUGCUCUGUAAUUAUGUAAGUAGAAAUAAAAAAGCAUAAAUGAA